GAUACUCAUAUUUACAGAGUGGUUCCACUUUUUUGGCGUUGGAUAUGAUCUGGAGAUUUGUGGUCCUCAGUGGGGUCUGCGUCCUUCUUCACUGUUCUGAAGUGCUGGGCAGAGAUGUUAGAAGCAGCGGGGGGAGGACGGUGACUUUCAGCCGGACUCAGCAGGAUGAUAGCCAGGGCCAAGUGCGCACACGCUUCAGGAGGGACACCAGCACCUCCUCAGGCGCUUUUAAGCCUUCUCACGGUCCCCCCUUCACCUCCUGCCGGCUCUCCCUGACCCCAGCCGAGCACAAGGUUCUGGAUUACAAUACACAUGAGACAGGUUUUAAUGGUGAUGAUGGCUCCUAUGUAAUUCUCACAUGGGUGGGCGAUGGUACAGGAGUUAUCCUAGUGCUGUCCACAAUUAGUGCUCCGAUUGAUUCUUUCUUUGAAGGAGGCUCCUCACGACUUUACAGAAGUACGGAUUAUGGGAAGUCCUUCCAUGACAUCUCCCACCGCAUCAAUAACACCUUCAUAAAGGAGGAGUUUGGAGUCAGCGUGGGACCAGGGAGUUCUGUGAUUCUGACAGCAGACACACCAGUGGUUGACCAUCCAGGAGGGAUCAUUUUCACCUCCACAGAUGCCGGCGCGACCUUUAAAUUCAUCCAGCUGCCAUUCCACCUAGCUCAACCAAUCACAUACCACUUCCUCAACCCUGACUACCUCGUGGCCCUCAGCAUUGAUGGCAGUCUAUGGCUCUCUCUGGACUUUGGCGCCAAGUGGACAAAAGUUCAUGAUGGAGUGCAUUCUUUCUCAUGGGGGGGUGGCAUUAAUUUGUUCUUCAGCUGCAGUAAAAUAGACACAGUUGAAGCAGAGGAGAGGGGAGAUUUACAGCUGAAGAGGACGCAGGAUUUGGGGAAGACGUUCACCACAAUCCAUGAGGACAUCUACAGUUUUGGCUACAUAGGAACCUUUCUCUUCUUCUCUGUGAUGGAAGAUAUGAGAGCCCCCCGAGUCAUGUACUUCUCAUCGGACCAAGGAGACACCUUCAGUAAAGCACUGCUCCCUUCAGCCUCCACUGAGCAGUUUUACUCCAUCCUGGAUGGAGAUGAGGAUAUGCUCUUCAUGCACGUGGACAAUCCAGGAGACACCUACUUUGGAACCAUGUACACGUCAGAUGACCGUGGUAUUUUGUUCUCCAAAUCACUGGAGCGCCACCUGUUUGAUGGGCAUAGGAAGAGCGAUUUCACCAACAUCACUUCACUGAGAGGAGUCUACCUCACUAACAAACUAGACGAAGAUGGCCGUAUAAGAUCUGUGAUUUCCUUUAAUAGAGGAGGGACGUGGAGGCAACUCAACAAGCCAGAGAAUGUAGAAUGUGGAGAGAAAGUAAAAAAUUGCAACCUUCAUAUUCAUGGGGAACACAGUCGCAACAACCACAUCGUUCCCAUGCUUCCUCUAUCUGAGCCAACUGCUAUUGGUCUGGUUAUAGCCCAUGGUACUGUGGGUGACUCUCUGUCAUCGUCGCAGAACCCAGAUGUGUUUGUUUCCUCAGAUGGGGGUUAUAACUGGAGGGGGACUCUGAGAGGUCCUCACCACUACAGCAUUUUGGACUCUGGGGGUCUCAUUGUGGCUGUGGAGGCCCAGCGUGAAGGACAAGUCAAGACUAUCAAGUUCUCCACAGAUGAGGGACGUUGCUGGAAGUCCUACAACUUUACUGAGCAGCCCUUAUUCUUCGCAGGUCUGGCAUCUGAGCCAGCCACCAAGGCUAUGAAUGUCAGUGUGUGGGGCUUCAGGCCCGAGGAAGACGGCCAGCCCAUGUGGGUGGCCGUCACCAUUGACUUCCAGAGCCUCAUUACCAGAGAGUGUAAUGACCAGGACUAUGAAGAGUGGUUGGCCCACUCAACAGAUGGAGGAAACUCAGAGACAGACGGCUGUGUCCUGGGUGUCAAGGAGACUUACAGGAGGCCAAAGAAACAAUCUGUAUGCAGAAAUGGUCGAGGCUAUGUGGUGAGGAAGAAACAAAGCCCCUGUCUGUGCACCAGAGAGGAUUAUUUAUGUGACUAUGGUUAUUAUCAUCACGUGAACACUUCAGAGUGUGUGAGACAACCCAGCACCGCAAAUAAAACAUUGGAGAUCUGUCUGAACGGAGAGGAGGAUGAGCUUCUGACAACAGGAUACCGUAAGGUCCCAAGUGAUAGGUGUGAGGGGGGAUUCACUCCACAGCUGGCAGAACAGACAGUCAUCAGACCCUGUGGUGUUAAACCCAGUCCUGGUCCACCUGCCAGAUCUAAGUCUCCAGUCCACUUUGACACACCACGAGAGAGGCUGGUGUUGAUACUGGUAUGUGCAGGAGCUGGAGUCAUCGUUCUGGUAGCUAUAGUUUCUGCUGUCUUUGCUGUCAGAAGAGCAGUUUAUAGAGACAGGACACCAGUGUAUCGUUUCUCCAACCUCCAGAUUCAGGAUGAUGACAAUUGCAUGACGGCUGAUCUUGAAAGCGGCACCAGCAGCAACGGCACGGCCUGUCUGCAGGACUCAGACGAUGAUCUUAUUGGAUGACCCACUCACUUUAGAUUGAAACCAGAACUGUGCUGAAAAGACUGCCAGUUAUGUUUUUUGGACCUGAUAUUUUAAUGGGAGCACCCUCCAUGCCAGGUUAUGCGGUUUUGAAUGACAUGCAUGAAAUGGUUAAAUGUCUUUAUUUAUUGAACUAACUUCAUUUGAUUGCUUUAAUGUGUUCAGUUUUGGAUUUGUACAGUUUUUUAUUUUAAUUUUAAUAGUGUAAGGCAGUGAAUUCUUCCUUGAU